GGGGUCGACGUUUUCCAUCCAGAGGAGGAAAAAAAAAAAAAAACACAAGAAAGAGAAGAACUAGCAGCGGGCAGAGGUUUGGCAGGAGAAGGGGGGAAACCUUUACUCCUCCACUGGAAUAAGAACACAUCACCAGGAGGGGAGAAGAGCGGCUUCACGGGAGCUUUCUCUACGGCUGAUUUUUUUGGCUGCUGAGGAUGAUUUUUUCCUGAAUAUCGCCGCCAUCUACUGCCCUCAACCUCCCAUCAUCCUCUUCACUGUCCUCACCCACACCAACUGCCUCCAUCAUGAACCACACCCCAAGCCCCCACCUGUCAGAAGGCGGGAAGUCGACCAGAGGGGACAUACUGUGCAGCCUCGGCCUGGGCUCCGACAGGGGGAUCCGCUCUCCGGACAGCUUUACCCACACCCCCAGCCCCACUGGAGGAACCCCCAGCUCCAGCCCCCCGCUGCUGCUGUCCCCUGGCCUGGGAAGCCUCGGGCUGGGUUCCUUGGGGGCCAUGUGUGAGGGAGCCGGGGCCGACUGGGAGAGCAGGGAGGAGCUGAGGCUCAGGGAGCUGGAGGAGGCUCGAGCCAGAGCCACUCAGAUGGAGAAGACCAUGAGGUGGUGGUCGGACUGCACGGCCAACUGGAGAGAGAAGUGGAGCAAGGUUCGUGCGGAGCGUAAUCGUGCUCGUGAUGAGGUACGUCAGCUGAGGCAGCGGCUGGACACCAUCACCAAGGAGCUGACCAGCGUUCGGCGGGAGCGGCAAGAGCUAGCCUCAGAGAACGAGACCCUACGGCAGGAGACCCUGCGCCUCCGCGAUGACCAAACGGCUCCUCCUCCUCCGUCUGCCACCUCUCCAUCCUCCUCCCCGGCACACCCGUCCUCCUUCUCCUCCCCAUCGAUCCCCCCGUCCUCCCCCGCUUCCUCCUCCUCCUCGCAGGUCAUCACCGAGACCAAACUGGACAGGGUAGGGGAGGGGCCCCCGGGGUCUCCAGAGCCAGAACCGGUUCGGGAUGUGGACUUGGACAGACAAAAGAUGGCUCAACAACAGGAAUUGGAAGCUCUAGAGUCGGCCCUGGGUUCAGGAGACUCUCCUGAGGCCUGGGAAAGUCGCGGCGGUGUUAACUCGGCCGGCUCUCGCUCGUCCUCGGGUCCGAGCCGCCAGGAGCGCAGCAGGCAGCUGUGGGAGGACAUCAGCAUGGUGGAGGAAGAUUCCAGCAAACUCAACGCCCUGCAGCUUCGGCUGGACGAGUCCCAGAAAGUCCUGCUGAAAGAGAGAGAAGACAAGCUGGCACUGAGUAAAAGCAUCGAGAGGCUGGAGGCCGACCUCAGUCAGUGGAAACUUAAAUACGAGGAGCUCAGCAAGAGCAAACAAGAGGCCCUCAAACAGCUGAACCUGCUGAAGGAAAUUCACCAGGAUGAACUCGGCCGCAUAUCUGAAGACUUGGAGGAUGAACUGGGAGCCCGGACCAGCAUGGACAAGAAACUAGCUGAACUCCGAGCAGAGAUGGAGAGGCUGCAGGUGGAGAACGCUGCAGAGUGGGGGCGCAGGGAGUGUUUGGAAACAGAGAAACUUGCCCUGGAGAGGGACAACAAGAAGCUGAGGGCUCAGGUCGAGGACCUGGAGGAGCAAAUGGCAAAGAAACGCCGGCAGUCCGCCUCUGCACUGGACACCGACCUCAAAGCGAUCCAGACGGAGCUGUUUGAAAGAAACAAGGAACUGGCCGACCUUCGCCACAUUCACUCCAAACUGAAGAAGCAGCUCCAGGAGAAGACGGCCGAGCUCUCCCACGCCAACCGGAGGGUGGAGAGCCACGAGGCCGAGGUCAAGAAGUUACGACUUCGGGUGGAGGAGCUGAAGAAAGAGCUGGGACAGGCCGAGGACGAGUUGGAUGAGUCUCACAACCAGACCAGGAAGCUGCAGAGGUCUCUGGACGACCAGGUAGACCAGACUGAGAACCUGCAGGUGCAACUGGAACACCUGCAGUCAAGAUUGCGACGUCAGCAGCAGCACCCCGCUCUAUUCGGGAAGAUGCGAUCAGCCAGGUUCGGUCCUGAAAACUCGGACGGUCCCACCAGCGAUAUGGACGAGGAGGAAGAGCAGCUCCAGAUUCCAUGACGACACAGAGACGCACAUGCUCACAGUGAUACAGGAUAUAUAUAUUUUUAAACAAACAUCAUGAGAGGGUGAAGAUCGUUUGGAUCAAACUAAGUAUCUCCAAUGAGGGAAACUUUUUGUAGCAGAAAGCAGUACUGCCUUAUUUUUGACCAGCGAGUGUUUAAAGGAUGACAAGGUCAAUACCAGUCUCACUGUAAAAGUAGGUUUUCCACUCGUUGUUGAGAGGCAAGCUUCAAGCAGAAUCCUCACAAUUGAACGCUAUCGAUGUUAAUGAUCAAAUUAUUAUUAAAGACGACUUGACAGUUAAUCUUUGUUGAGUUAAACAUCCCAAAAAAUGUAGAGAAGCCACCUAGUUAUAAUCUGGAGAUUAAACAUGAAAGAGUUCAAAUUCUCCUCCCAGCAGUGAUAUGACAACACACACCUAAUCCCAACGCAGAACACACACACACACACACACACACACACACACACACACACACUAAGACUGACACAUUCUGGGAUGUGUGAACACACAGGAACAAGAUGAAGCCCAGCAGGAGUGUGACAGACUUUGACAGGAUGUUCUGGACAGUGUCCUUCUUAACGAAAGGAUCUUUGUUGAACCUCCUACAAACUACUCGCAUCCUUUCACUGUAUUCACUCAUUCUUACCUCAUAUCAUCUCAAGCAUUACAGCUGUCCCAUCAGAACUGUGCUACUGUAUUCAAAGGAGCCUCAACCCCACGUCUACAUUAGCAGUAUUAUUACUGUGCCCACAGCGGUCUGCUAUGAGGAGAGGUUUCUGUCAAAGUGUUUGUGGAUUCAUAACGAGGGAUAUCGUUUGUUCUAUGUUGAUAUUUUACUGAAAUGGUCUGGACACAUUUUAAACCAGGAGAGUAUUUUUCUUCUUCAUUUGAAGAUUCAAAGUCUGUUUACUGUGUUUUAAAGGGAGCACACUACACAUUUAAGCAACAUCAAUAACCACGACACCCCCGGUGAUAAAAGUAUUUUAGCUUCUUGGUUGGUAUGAUUGUUUUCCCGACUCUGAACAACCAUCUCUUUCCAUAACAGAGCAGAAAUGCCCCAGAAGAUAAUCUUUAAUCUAACUGCGAAGGAAGCAACAAAGGGGUACAGAAUCAGAAGGCAGCGUGAAGUAACUGUGGGGAUGAGCGGAAGUUAAGAUGGUUAAAGUGAUUUUGAACCAGAUGGUAGCAGCUACAGCCUCCUCAGCUACCCAGCUUCAGAGAUUUUAUUCUCUAAGUGAGUGUGAGUAUCUACCCAGAGAUGAAAAACAAGGGAUGUUCCUAGUGACUAAUCUCUUUGUUGAUUAAAAGCUCAUUUAAAUUCAGACUAGUUAACGAAAGUCGCUCCAGUGAAUAUGCCAUUUAAUUUUAUUUAUUUUAAAGGUUAUUUUUUUGGGGUUAUUUUUAUUGAAUAGGACAACUUAGACAGGAAAUGAUGUGAGUAGAGAGUGGGGGAUGACGUGCAGCAAAACGAAAACAGUCGGAUUCGAACCCCACGGCUGCUGGUAGUAGAGCAGUAUGGCAGCAGCCAUCAUCCAGAGCUACAGCCCCACCUAGUGGUGGGAGGCUGCAUUACAGCUUAGACGCAACAUUUUUACGACAAUGUGGGCCUGAAGUAAGAUAAAUAUUCAUAACUUCUUCAACUGACCAGUAAAUCUGAUGCCGACGAGUGAGGGCGGUGACUUUUCAUUGUAUAGUGGUUUAUCGCGCUCGUCCCCUUAUUAAAACAUGGGUGUCAUUUCGCCUGGUAUUGCAGUGUGGAAGUGGAAUUAAACACAUUGAAAUCUGACGGCAAAAAGGGCGAGCAAAUGGAAAAAAAAAUAAUGGUUGGAAAGCUGUAAUAUGGAUGUCAUCACAGUUUGGGUGAAUAAACGAAGAGCGUGCUGCCUUUGGAGAUGUUCUCAUCCCAAUCAG